CGAGGAGCGUUUUGUCUCGCGCGCAUUCCUUGCAGUGGCUCCGCGUAGUUCUUUCCAUGAUGCAUGAAAUCAGAAGUUGCGGUGCAAGCAGUGUAAUCCUGAUACACCCUGUUCACAAUUACACAGGAAUAAGCACCACUGAGUUAAAACCGAAGUUGCUUCUAUACUGCUUUUUCUGAAAGAGAACCUUAGGAGGAGAUAAGAUAGCAGGAGUCUAUCUUAGGAUGGUAGAUCGAACCUGGGAGGAAAUAUUCUGUGGACUGAAGCGGAGAGUCUAGACUUUUUCUAGGAAAUGGGGCGGAGUCGAGAGACCGAGACACGAGGGGAAGAUGGCGACUCUCGUGUUGGACAACGGCGCUUACAAUGCUAAGAUCGGGUACAGUCAUGCUCAUGUCAGUGUAAUUCCCAAUUGCCAGUUCAGAUCAAAGACUGCUCGUUUGAAAACAUUUACAGCUAACCAACUGGAUGAAAUUAAAGAUCCAUCUGGACUUUUUUAUAUUCUCCCUUUCCAAAAGGGGUACUUGGUUAAUUGGGAUGUUCAGAGACAAGUAUGGGACUAUCUUUUUGGAAAAGAAAUGUAUCAGGUAGAUUUUGUUGAUACUAAUAUCAUCAUCACAGAACCUUAUUUCAACUUUAGUUCAAUUCAAGAAUCCAUGAAUGAAAUAUUAUUUGAAGAAUACCAAUUCCAAGCAGUUCUCAGAGUAAAUGCUGGAGCUCUUAGUGCACAUAGAUAUUUCCGAGAUAACCCAUCAGAACUGUGUUGUAUUAUUGUGGACAGUGGAUAUUCUUUUACACACAUUGUGCCUUACUGCAGAAGUAAAAAGAAGAAAGAAGCAAUAAUAAGGAUAAAUGUUGGAGGAAAACUUUUAACCAAUCAUUUAAAGGAAAUAAUCUCUUACAGGCAGCUCCAUGUUAUGGAUGAAACUCAUGUGAUUAAUCAAGUGAAAGAAGACGUAUGUUACGUUUCACAAGACUUUUUCAAGGAUAUGGAGAUUGCCAAGUUGAAAGAAGAAAAUACAGUGAUGUUGGACUAUGUUUUACCAGACUUCAGCACAAUAAAAAAAGGAUUUUGUAAGCCAAGGGAAGAAAUGGUGUUAAGUGGAAAGUACAAAACUGGUGAGCAAAUACUUCGUCUUACAAAUGAGCGAUUUGCAGUUCCAGAAAUACUCUUCCAUCCUUCAGAUAUUGGCAUUCAAGAAAUGGGAAUUCCUGAAGCCAUUGUUUAUUCAAUUCAGAAUUUGCCAGAAGAAAUGCAGCCUCAUUUCUUCAAGAAUAUUGUUUUAACUGGUGGAAACUCUCUGUUCCCUGGAUUCAGAGAUCGUGUUUAUUCUGAGGUUCGAUGCCUCACUCCAACAGAUUAUGAUGUAUCAGUUGUUCUGCCAGAGAAUCCUAUUACUUAUUCCUGGGAAGGUGGAAAGUUGAUUUCUGAAAACGACGAUUUUGAAGAUAUGGUAGUAACAAGAGAAGAUUAUGAAGAAAACGGGCAUAGCAUAUGUGAAGAAAAAUUUGAUAUUUAAAUAGAUUACUUCCAUAUAAAUAUUGUAUUGUAUAGAUUGUCCAUUGUAGUGGCAAGAUGUCUUAAUCUAGAGCUGUGUUCUAGAAUAAUCAUAAUUUCAGUUUUAUGUAUUGAUGAACUGUAUGUAUAUAACUGUACUUUGUAUAUAUGAGUUCUUUAUUGGUUGUUGCUGAUCACUCAAUUCAUGGUAAAUAUAUGAAUUCUAAAGAAAAUAUCUAGAAAUAGCUCCUUAAAAGAAUUCAAUUAAUAUAUUAGAAUAUUCUGUAGCAGAGAUAACUUAGAGAUAAUUUUUUAAGUGUAUAUAUGAAACUUUAAUUUUGGAUUCUAGAAAGAUAAUUAUGUAGUGACUCAUGUAAAAAAGCUAGAUGAUCGCUUGGUUAAUUUUUUUAAAAAAACAUUUAAUCGUGAUCCAAUUUUUUUUUAAUUAAUGGGAAAUUUUAUCUAGAAGCCCUUUUUAUUAGUUCUGAGGGAGGAAAAGAACAGCAGCUACUACGCUAAAGACAGAGUUAUCAAACUGCAGUGUCAAAUCUUUUAAAAGAGAAAUACUCCAAGGAAUCAAAAUCAGAAGGGGCCAUUUAAGCUAUUGAGUUCAGACCCAUACUUAAUGCGGGAAUCCAGUUUCAUUUAUCUCAGAAAGAUGUCUGUCUGGCCUUCAUGUUAACAAAAGGCAAAGGUUGGACAGUCAUUUGGGAUGGUAAGAGGAUUCUUGUCCUGGGCACGGGUUGGACUAGAACACCUCCAAGUGCCACCCAGCUUUCCAGUGAAGGGGAGCCCAGCCUGCUGUGGGGAAUUAGCUCCAUGCUUUUACUGGUAGGAAAGUUUUUCUAACAUUCAGUUGGAAUAUGCCUUCCUGUAACUUAAAUCCAUAUACUGUACUAUGGAAUUAAACAGAAGAGUGCUGUAAUAUAUAGUAGUGCUUCAGCUUUCUCAAGGCUAUAAAUACCUAGCUCUGUCAGUCUUCAUAGAAUUUGUAGUCCUCUGAUAAUCCUCAUUGCUGUUCUAUGAAUUUGUCCUAAUUUCUCUGAAUCCUUUAUAAAAUUAGUUCAGAACUAAAUAGAGUAGUUUUGGUGAGGACUGACCAAAAAAAUUUGCAGUGCCUGUUUCAGAUUGGACAUUUGUUACAAAAGUAUUUUUCUGUCAAUUUCAUUCUAUUGAUAUUGAUCAGAUAUUGUCUUGAUCUGAAUUGUCUUUCAGGAUAGACAUAACAUACAUACAUCUUAUAAUAGGAAUAACUAGACCCAUGUACAACCUGGCUCCUUUGGGUGGUUGUGGGAUAUACAUGGCUGGAUUCAGGAGAUGAAAAAUGUUUUUCUGAGGGAGGGUGAGAUGCCACCAGCC